ACCACUUUUUACAACCAUAUAGCUUGCAGUAGCAGCUGAAUUCAAGAAGAAGAAGACGCGUCGUGUUAAAUGUCUUCUAUACGACCAGUGUGUGUGUGUUUGUGAAAAAAGGAAAAAUUACGAUAUUUUCUUUUGUUAGAAGUUAAACAAGGAAAAAACAAUAUUUGCAAUAGAAUUUUGUAAAUUUCUUAAAAAUAUAUACAUAAAUAAAGUAUUAUCAAUGAAAUCAACAAGACGAAGUUAAUAUAUUUUUAUGGUAAAAACAAAAGAAAUGAAAAUGAAUUUGUGCAACAAAUGUAAAAGUUGAAGAGGGCCAGUGUGAAAAAAUCUGUGCAAAAAAAAAAAUUAAGGAAACGAAGACAAGAAAAUAAGUGUAUGUAAAAGGCAGUUGCUGAGGCCAACAACAGUUGUAGGAAACGACAGAAAAUAUAAAAAAAAAUUACAGGGGCGACGACAACUUCAAGAAAAUAUAUCAUCGUGCAAGACGAUAAAACAUCACAAAAAAGGAAAAAACAUCAAACCAACACCACGGACAAAGGAUUUUUAGAUAAAAUGGCACUAGUGACAGUACAACGUUCACCAAGUGUCACUGGUUCACCACAAUGUUCCAAUUCGGACAGUGAAGCCGACGAAGAUGAGGGCAGCAAAAAUGAAAAGAGCGAAUGUUUCUUUGCUGGCAAAGGUACCGCAUUAGUAUUAGCGCUCAAAGAUAUUCCACAACAUGCUGAACGUCGCUUGAGCACCGACUCAAUCAGAUCAACAAAUAGCACACAAAGUAACAAUUCCGAUAUACAACAACAUUUGCAAUCCAUGUUCUAUUUGAUUAGACAUGAGGAAACAUUAAAAAUGGCUGUUAAACUGGAAUCACAACGUGCUAAUCGCACACGUUAUUUAGUAAUUGCAUCUCGUUGUUGUUAUCGCUCUACAACCACCGAAAGGCGUAGUAAGAUUAUGCGUCAUAAUUCAGCUAGAAUAGCGUCAACAUCGUCAUCAUCAACAUUAUCAUCAUCAUCUGCAUCUGCAUCUACAGUUGUGGGUAAUAAUCCCGUGGCGACAACAAUGGGUACAGCACGUCAGUUAUCAGUUGAUAGUAAUAAACCAUCGUCGCAACAUUUGCAGCAGCUUCAGCAGCAACUUCAACAAAUCGAUGAUAAUUGGGUGGAAUUGCGUGAUAAACGUUUUUCGUCUAAUUCCUCCGCUGCAUCGAAUCGUCAAAGUCUUAAAUGUGAUGCAGCAGAUAAAACUAGUGCUUCGGGUGAUAGUAGCAAAAAUAGCACCGCCACAAUAACACAAACAACUGCCAAUUCUAACAUUACGGCUUGUUCCUCUACUACUUACUCAAACAUGGCCGCCAAUGCCACCUCCAGUAGUCAAGAUUGUGUGGGCGUUGAAGAAUCCUGUCUGCUCGGCAUUGACUGCAAUGAACGCACAACAAUUGGUUUGGUUGUGCCAAUAUUGGCUGAUACUACCAUACAUUUGGAUGGCGAUGGAGGUUUCAGUGUGUCCGUUUAUGGCAAGACUCAUAUUUUUAAGCCAGUUUCUGUACAAGCAAUGUGGUCAGCAUUGCAAACUCUACAUAAAGUAUCUCAAAAGGCUCGUGAGAAUAAUUUCUAUCCCGGCGGUCCCUCGCAUGAUUGGUUAUCAUGUUAUGAAAGUCGCAUAGAAUCAGAGCAAUCAUGCCUUAAUGAAUGGAAUGCCAUGGAUUCAAUUGAAAGUCGUCGACCACCUUCACCAGAUGCCAUACGAAAUAAACCCACUGCAAAAGAAGAAACCGAAAGCGUGAUUAAAAUGAAACUAAAAGAAAUAAUGAUGUCCGUUGAUUUGGAUGAGGUUACUUCGAAAUAUAUACGUAGUCGUUUAGAGGAACAUUUAGAUAUGGAUUUGGGCGAAUACAAAUCGUUUAUUGAUGAGGAAAUGUUAAUGAUAUUAGGUCAAAUGGAUGCUCCCACCGAAAUAUUUGAUCAUGUUUAUUUAGGCUCAGAAUGGAAUGCUAGCAAUUUGGAGGAGUUACAAAAAAAUGGUGUACGCCACAUUUUGAAUGUAACUCGUGAAAUCGACAAUUUCUUUCCGGGCAUGUUUGACUAUUUAAAUGUGCGUGUUUAUGAUGAUGAAAAAACCAAUUUACUCAAGCACUGGGACAACACAUAUCGCUACAUAACGCGUGCCAAAGCCGAAGGCUCCAAAGUUUUGGUUCACUGCAAAAUGGGUGUCAGUCGUUCGGCCUCUGUGGUUAUAGCAUAUGCCAUGAAGGCCUACAAUUGGGAAUUUCAAAAGGCUCUGCAGCAUGUCAAGCAACGACGUAACUGCAUAAAGCCCAAUAAGAAUUUUCUCAAUCAGUUGGAAACGUAUCGAGGAAUGUUAGAUGCCAUGAAAAAUAAAGAGAAACUGCAGCGCAGUAAAAGUGAGACAAAUUUGAAGAGCACAAAAGAUGCCCGUCUGUUACCGGGAAGCGAACCCACACCACUAAUACAGGCUUUAAAUCAAUCGAAAACAAAAUCGGGUGGAGAUAGUACCGAUGUUGAGUCCGUGGUUAGUGCGGCCUCGAUUGAUGUGCCAGAUGUGGGAACGUCACGGCCCACAGCACGUAGUGAUCAUAAACACAGGCGAUUUGUAAGAAGGUCUAGCAGUACCUCACCACGUACCGUCCAGUCACCGAUGGCCACCACAAUUGUUAUGAAGCAGCAGUCACAGAGUUUAGAGAAUUUAACACCCGACCGUAGCAUAGCAGAUGAACCAAAAAAUAUGCGUUUUCCCGGCAGCAAUGGGGAAAACUAUAGUGUUACACAAAAUCAAGUUUUGCAUAUACAGAAACAUACGCCUCCUCUAAACACAUCAAUGUUUUUGGCCUCAUUGGCCCGUAGAGAUGAGCAAAAAAUGCAAACAUCUCCUUCAGCGGCCACAUCAGUGCGUACAAUUGUGUAUGAUUUGGAAAAUCAUCAAGCGCAAGAUGCGUCGCGCAAAGUUAUAGAGGAUCGUAAGACAUUGAAUUUGCCAUUUGAAAAAACUGCCGAGGAAGAAGAGGUUGCUGUAGACGACAGUGUUAAAAGUUCAGAAGCGGACAUUGGUGGUGGUGGUGGAAAAGUGGGUAGUCCAGUUUGGACAUCGUCGGCAAAGCUGAUUACACAAACAUCAAAUAUUGCUGCUACAAGUAUACCGCCGUUUAAUCGAGAAGAGGCCAUACAAAAGCGUCAACAUAAUCGCAAGACCCAGUCAUGGGCUGCAACCAGUGGUGGCAUUAUAAUGGAUGCCAGCUGCCGGGGUUCGAAUAGCAGCAUUGAUUCGAUUUCAACCCAGGCAUCUGCACCUUCCUCUGUCGCUUCCUACGACGGUAUAGUGCGUACACGUUCCCGCCAAAGAGAAUUGCCCUCUCGUCAUGCCUCCUGGGGUUCUGGUGACACUCGUUGUGGCAUGCCCAUGCGCAAUAGCUCCUGGGGAGCUUUCGAUACCAACCGUAACAGUUGCCAGUACAAUUUUAGCCAGCAUACAAACGCUAAUGCCAUUUUUGAAGGUCAAAUUCAUGAACUUAACACGAGUAAUAAGACUGCCUCAACAACUCACUCUCAACAACACCAGCAUCACUUCGGUACGGUGAAACGUACAAAACAGAAACUCGAAGAGUGCACGGCACUUAAAAAACUAUGCCAAGAGAACGGCAGUGAAAGCGAGAACACAAGUAUUGAGCCGUCGACUGCGACGGCCGAUGAAAACUUGGAAAGUCAUUAUAGUCCCAAACGAGGCACCAAUUUGUUUCGUUCAGCAUCUGCCGCCUCCGGUACACGAACGCGUUUUGCUCAAAGAUGUAAUAGUGAGGAAAUUGUACCCAGUGCUGGGGCACAAGUGGCACAAUUAGGCGCUGGUAGACGUAGUGAUGGCAAUCGUCCCAUAAAUUCUGAUAUAUUUUCAGCUUCGGCCCCCGAACCCUACACCAUGUCUGAUAUCGAAAACAAAAACACCUUAACCGGCAGUGGCAGUGACGAGGAAAAUGUUAUUUUAAGAGCAACCGCAACGGGACAACAGAUAUCAUAUACCGAAGAUCAACGCAUAUCGGGUAAUGUGCAAAUUUUAAAGAAAAGUUUCGAAGCCAAAGCAGGUAGUGUGGGAGGUAGUGCAGCAACUACUGCACAGGCUCAAGUACAAACCACUAGUGCUAUGGCCCUAGGAAACGCUAUCGCAUGCAAUAAACCCACCAAGGGACAUCAAUCGCUGCCAUCGUCGCCUGUGGCCCAGCAUGUAGAUCAUCAGACGACACAACAAACGACUAAAUCAUUUUUAGAACAAAACACUAACACACCACUAAUGACUACAUCGGCCUCAGAAAGUGAUCGAAAUGUUAAGGGUUUAGUACACAAAUAUCAGACUUCAUCGUCAGCAACCACCACAACGCUGACGACGGCGGCUGUAGCAAAGAAUUCAAAUCCUACUCCUCCCGUCCCAACAACCUCCUCCACAAACACAAUAACCACCAUGGCGACAUUUAAACCCCGACCCCGGUCAUACUAUGAACCACAAAGGUCUUUAACAGGGAAACCACAUGAAUUUAGUGAAAGUCGACCACCACCCGCACCUCAAAAGUUAGCGACAGCAAGCCAUCAUCAUCAGCAUCAUAUAAACGAGGGUAUACUAACGCAACAGCAACAGCCGCCACAGCAGAGGCGCUUGCAACAACAUGGAAAAACUCAUCCACUCGCUAGGCUAAGUUUACCAAAGCAAAGCUUCAAUGCAGCCGCUUAUAAUACCAUAUUUUUUCGCAUGUUACGCUCGGUCAAGUAUACUAUUGAUUACAACAACAUCAUAUGCUAUUACAACAACAACAAUAACACCAAAUAAGUUUUAAUAUUAUUAUUUAACUGCUUAAACCAAAAAAAAAAAAAUAUUUGAAAUUAUCAAGUAUAAACAACACUUUAUUAUUAUUUUAUAUAUUCCUUGUUAUAAUUACUGCAACAACACUCCCCGCCACCCACUCAACACUGUCUUCUAUCUUUAUUAUCUCUAUCUUUCUACUUCUAUGUCAACGAUAUGUAGUUAUUUUAUUGUUUUGUGUUUAAUGUAAUCUAUUAUAAUAAUCUACUAUACUAUCUAUACAAUAUUACUUUAAUUUUACAACAAACUAUUUCUAUGUUUCAAUCAGAGCUGUAAAUGAAUCAUUCUUUUUUGAUUUUAAUUCAUUAUGAAUUAGCUAAAUUUUGAAUUAAUUCAUUGAAUUGAAAAAAUGAAUUGAAUGAAAUUUGAAUCAAUUCGAACGAAUUAGGCAGAAAUGAAUUUCAAUUCAUUUCCAAUUCAAAUGAAUUUGUAAAAAUGAGUGGCAAUUCAUUUACAAUUCAUUUGAAUUGAAUUGAUUUUGAAUUAAUUCAAAUGAAUUAGAAAAAAGAAUAGCAAUUCAAAAGAAUGAUUCAAAAAUGAGUUGCAAUCAAUCAAAUUCAAGAGCAGAUUCUCCUACCAAAAUGAAAAUAUCCAGUACAACAAUUGAAAAGCCUUGUCCUGUAUACGCACCUGAUCAAUGAAAACAUGGUGUUUGGAGUUUAUUUCUUCAAGAAGAACUGAUUUUUAUUUUGAAAUACGCUGAACGACAAAAAAUAUUUAAUAUUCAAGAAGCAAUUAAUAAUUUUUUAAAUUUUGUGACCCACGACCACCCAACAACAAACUUUUUGCUAAUAUUUAUAUUAUAUUUAUUUCAAAAAAAUAAAACUAUCUUCCAAAAAUAAUCAAAAAUCAGGAAAAAUAACAAUGUAUGUAGUUCAAAACACAAUUGAGUUUCAUAAAUAAGGCUAAUUCGAUUUAAUUAGAAUGCAUCAUUCACCUUAAACAACAAUAGCUUUUCAAAAUUAUCAUCUGAAAGAAAUCCACGUGACGAUGGUAACGGCGCAUUAUAUUUAAAGGAAGACUUUUUAACCGUCGAUUAAUUAUACUGCAUACUUAAUGACAUUGAAGAAUCUGCUAAAUAUGCUGCGAAUUUCGCGUCGGAGUUGGAAAUGAAUUGCUAAUUUUUUUUUUAAUUCGUUUGAAUUAAUUCAAAAUCAAUUCAAUUCAAAUGAAUUGAAUUAAUUCAAAAUCAAUUCAAUUCAUAUGAAUUGAAUUAAUUCAAAAUCAAUUCAAUUCAUUUGAAUUCUAAACGAAUUGCAAUUCAUUUUUACAAAAUUCAUUUGAAUUAAUUCAAAAUCAAUUCAAUUCAUUUGAAUUGGAAACGAAUUGCAAUUCAUUUUUACCAAAUUCAUUUGAAUUGACUCAAAUUUCAUUCAAUUCAUUUUUUUGUGUGAAUGAUUCGCGAAUUAAUUCAAAAAUGAGUGAUUCAUUUACAGCUCUGGUUUCAAUACAAUUUUAAAAUCUUUAUUUAGUUUUGUUUGAAAGAAAAUAUAAUUUUGUUUAUGUAGGACAUUUAUUUACAAGCAAUUUCAAACAAAUUCACAGCUACAAUCAAUACAUACUAUCUAAAUAAUUAGUGGCAUUUUCAGUUUCCUUAUGGAAACAAUUUUUCAAAUGGAAUUGAUUUUCGUUAUUAAUCAAAAUGUUUACCAAUUUAAAUUUUGAACAACAUAGUAUUGCCUUCUGUGACAUGCCUGCAUUUUGAAAUUUUAAAAUGCAAAUAACUUUUAAACACAACAAAACCACUACAAAAAACACAAACUAUUUACAUAUAUUUUUAGUAUUGAAACCAGGAAUGUUUCAAAUAUUUUCUUUCUGUGUUUCAAUUUUUUUUUUUAGAAAUUUCAGUAAAGAAGAGAUAACAUACAAUAUAAACAAUUAAUUAUAUCUAGUUUAUUCGAAUGCAAAUGGAAUCCACAUCAACUACAACAAAACAAAAGUACUCUAUUUUAGCUCUAAAUAUUAAAAAAAAAACAUUUUUUUGUGUAAAUAUUGUAAGAUUUUUUCUAUUUUUAUGUUUGUAUGAAACCAAUGGUUUUUAAAAAAUUAAUAAAUUAUAUAAAAUUAAAAUUUUUAAUUAAAAAAUGCAUUACAAUAGAAA